UGAAUGCUAUGCUAAACAGCAGACCAAGAGCACCACCUUCAUUUCCUGAACCGAUCUCAUCAUUCAACCUAUCCGAUCUUUUCCUUGAACUGACUGAUCAUCAUGUCCACUCCUUGAUCCUUCAUAGACACCACACUCCCAUUUAAACAUACACCCAUACACUCAUCCCAAACAACAAAGACCUCACAAUAAAAGGAGAAGAGAAAGAAAGAAAGAAAAAGGAGGAAGAAGAAGAAGAAUGCCCUCCCCCCUAACAACCACCUUCAUCCAAUCCACCAUCCUCAACGCCAUCGCCAACCUCCUGGCCCAGAUCAUAGAUCAUCAUCGGAAAUCCAAAUCCACAUUCACCAUAAACACCCCCGCUCUCCUCCAAUUCCUCAUCUACGGGAUUCUCAUCGUCCCCAUCAAUUUCAUCUGGCAGAGGUAUCUGGAGGAGAAGUUUCCGGGGGCGUUACUUUUCCGACGAUCACCUGCACCUGCACCACCACCACCACCACCAACUAUCUCCACUAAUACCAAGAAGAAAAGAAAUGAAGGUGAUGUAUACAUUUCCAUUCCUGCCAUCACUGGCACAUCCACAACACUAAAAGAGAAACCUUUCCAACCCAAAGCACGAGGAUGGGGAAGAGGCAGGGGGGGAUGGACCAACUUCCUCAUGAAAUUCCUCCUCGAUCAAACCAUCGGCAGCGUGAUGAAUAUUGUGCUCUUUGUGGUGUUGAUUAAUUUACUCAAGGGGGUGGAUGUGGCGGGGGUGGUGGGAUUAGUUCAGUUGGACUUCAAACCUAUCAUGAUUGCCCGACUCAAGUAUCGGCCGCUGGUAUCCAUGCUCAUGUAUACUGUGGUGCCGGUCGAUCGACGCGUCGUGUUUGGAAGUGCGUGUGGGGUCGUUUGGGGGGUGUAUUUGAGUUUGUAUGCUGUUGUUUAGAUUCUUUCUUCUCCUUUUCCUUCCUUAUUUUCUUUUCGUGGGUUUUGUAUCUUUGGUAGUAAUGUUGGGUGGAUGUUGGAUUUGGGAUAUAUGUCGGUUGGUGUCUGCCUGUCUCUCUGGUUGGGUUUGGGUUUGCUGGUUGGCAGCCUGUUCAUUCUCUGAUUUUUUCUUAUGUUUCUUCCUGUCUACUGCUGUUGAUUGUCUUCUGAGCGAUACCGAUACCUCGUUCGUAUUGAUUAUCUCUUGAUUCAUCUAUCUUGCUGUACUCCCACGUACACAAAUAGCAAAGCAAUAGCAAAGCAAUAGCAAAGCAAUAGCAAAGCAAUAGCAAGCAC